CUCCUGGGGAGAGGGGCACGCCUUCAGGGACACCUGGCAGGUUCCAUGGGGUAGCCAAAAGCAGGGUCCGGCUGCACAGGGACCCUGCUGCCACGCUGCUCUUUGGGAAAGGUCCCAUCUGGCCACACCAGCCCUGCCAGGGUGUUGCCUGCAAGUUCCUGUAGGUUGGAGAUACCGAUGAGCUGUUGCAAAACUAUUACUAAGGCAAAAUCAUUUAAAAAAUGGGUUACAAUUGCGUAAUCUGAGACUCUCAGCUGGGCCCACGGCUGGGGGACGGUGCGGGGUCUCUGCCGGGUCUGCAGUGCCCAGACCAUCCCUGCAGGGGAUGGGACAUCACCUGGAAGGAGCUGCUGGCGUUUCCCGUGAAGGAAUCCGUCUGUGCUGAUCUCCCUGCGGGGUUUGACCUGCCUUUUGUUGUUCAAGCCGAGCGUGUGUGUGCAUGUGCGCAGCAAGAGCCUCUCCAGGAGCUGUUUGCCAGACUCACCCAGUUACUGGGAACCAAACCAACCACCCUUCCCCUCCCCUCGCACGCUCAGACAAAUCCUGGGUGUGCAGGAGGGCUGCGCCUCGGAAGGAGCUUCCCCGCUCGGAUCCGGACACCUUCCUCUGGCUUCCCCACCUGGACAGCCCGGGGGCACCGCCGUGCACCGGAUGAGAGGACCCUGAUCACCAGCUUGCCGUCGCAGCCUGGCUAUGCCCCGUGCUGGACACUCCCCACUCCACAGCCCCCGGUGAGCGGGGAAGGAGCCUGAGCCUCCUCCAGGUCGGGUGACUCCGGUCUCCCUCGGCUGCCAUGGAUUGGAAAACACUGCAGGCGCUGCUCAGCGGGGUCAACAAGUACUCCACAGCCUUCAGCCGCAUCUGGCUCUCCGUGGUCUUUGUCUUCCGUGUGCUGGUCUACGUGGUGGCAGCUGAGCGGGUCUGGGGUGACGAGCAGAAGGACUUUGAUUGCAACACGCGGCAGCCGGGCUGCACCAACGUGUGCUAUGACCACUUCUUCCCCAUCUCCCACAUCCGCCUCUGGGCCCUGCAGCUCAUCUUUGUCACUUGUCCUUCCCUCCUGGUCAUCAUGCACGUGGCCUACCGGGAGGACCGCGAGAGGAAGAACCGGGAGAAGAAUGGGGAGAAUUGCCCCAAGCUCUACAGCAACACGGGCAAGAAGCACGGCGGGCUGUGGUGGACCUACCUGUUCAGCCUCUUCUUCAAGCUUAUCAUAGAGAUCCUGUUCCUCUACCUCCUCCAUAAGAUGUGGGACAGCUUCGAUUUACCACGGCUGGUCAAGUGCACCAACGUGGAUCCCUGUCCCAACACUGUGGACUGCUACAUCGCUCGGCCAACCGAGAAAAGGGUCUUCACCUAUUUCAUGGUCGGAGCCUCCUCCAUCUGUAUCAUCCUCACCGUCUGUGAGAUCUUCUACCUCAUCUUCAAGCGAGUUGUCCAGAGGACAAGGAAGUGGAGGAAAUCCACCAAGCGCUCCGUCAGCUACAGCAAGGCCUCCACCUGCCACUGCCACGUCAAGUCAGAGGAGAAGGACAGCAAGUCCCAGCCGAGAGGAGAAGAGCCAUGAGCUCACCCAUCCCAGCCGGUUCACAUUGCCCCCAACUUGGCUUUUCCAGCCAAAUCCCCAAAUCAUCAAGAGACGACCUGUGUGAAAAAUGACUAAACCCAACAAAGUAAUGGCCCUGGAGAGAGACCCACGGGUGCCUGAGCAGACACAGGUAAGGCAAGGGCAGCCCUGGAGCUCUGCAGGAGGUGGUGCCACAAGCAUGGACUUCACAGCAGCACGCAGAUCUCUGUGUCCAGCAGCUUCUCUUGGGUCCUGCAGCUCUGCUGCUCUGUGAGUGCACCCAGCUGGUGCCCAGCCAGGGCUAGUGUCACCCAGUGUGUGCCAGUCCUCCCAGCUCCCUGUGCCUUACACACACACACAUAGAGUGCCAAGCACUGCUUUCUUUUGUACCAAGAAACCGAAGGAAUUCUGGGCUCUGUGGCCAGUGCUCUCUUCAUGCACCCAAAGUAAUGACAGAGGACUAGGGCUCCAGGCUGUUGGCAACUGUUCUGCUGGCCCAGUUUGCCCAGUUUGCCAUUCCUGGGGCAGGGGAGCUUCUCCCCCUUGGCUCACACAAGCACCAAGCAGUGUCCUGCCCAAAUGCCUUUGCUGGCUUUGCUGCUUCCCUUGGUGCCUCUGUGCCCCUCCUCACCUCAGA